AUGGCAGGGCGCAUGCCAGCAAAUCUGGAUUCAUUGCCCUUUGAACUUUUAUGGCGCGUCUUAUUGUACUCACGGAGUGCUAGCUUGGCACACGUAUGUAAAACGUUGUGGCAUGCAUGCGCACUAGCGCCUCGUUCAGUCAAGGCAGAGUAUCUUUUUUGUUGCUGGCUUGAUUCUUACAAUUUGCGGUUUCAGCUCAAAGCCUCUUCGUCUAUGUAUGCUCCAGCGAUGCAGCGAAAGUUUAUUCCGACCACAUAUCCUUCAUUCGGCGCUUCGAACGCGCUUCGUCGAACUGCAACUUGUGACAUUUUGACCUUUGUUUCUCGUUUUGGUAUUUGCACAUCAGAGAUAUUCGCACUGGUCGAACGCAUUGUUAUUCAUGCGACUCUCUGUGGCAACAUUUGCCAACUGCAUGGCAUUUUCACCCAUUGUCCUGAUGGAACCCAGCAGAUGAAGCCUAUACGUAUUGCGUGUCACUUUGUUCCAGAAAGAUUAUUUCGGAAAAUGGUUAUUGCCAAAAUGCCGCUUUAUCUUCAUGAUGCUCAUGUAUCAGAACAGAGAAUUGUGAGAUCAAUUGUACGGCAUAUUUGCGACUUGACACCCGUCUAUAUACAAGAAAAUGACAUACGACUCCCGCCUUGGAAACAUCUGGAAAUGAUUUCUCGUAUGAUUUUGUUGCAUCAGGCAUCUCCUAACUCAUCUCAAGGAUAUCCUCUCGCCAUGGCUGUGCAUUUGGGCUCUACGCCCCUUGUCUGCUUGCUUCUUGCAACAGGAGCUGACCCUUCUUUGAAAAAAGGCAUUGCAAUGCAUAUAGCGUGUAAGAAACGCUCCCUAUCCAUGCUUCGGUUAUUGGUGGAGCAAGAUGAUACCUCUGAACUCCAAUGGCGUACGAGAUUGCGAGCCAUUGUAGAUGACUUGAUUGCACUGACCCUCCUUCGCACAACAGGGAAAAUACCCCCUCAAUGUAAGCGAGCGCUGCCAAUGAAAGGCGCUACUCCCUCUAAGCGAUCUCGACUAUCGGAUCGGUGUCAGGUUGACACUUGUAUGCUUAGCACAGCCGUGCAAGUCGGUGCUUGGGAUAUCGUUUCAUAUCUCAUGCAAUCAAAGGGUGUGAUACCCGACGUGAACACUUUGCGCAAAAUAGACGAAGUUGGUAUAGCGUGA